CAAAAAAAAAAAAAAAAAAAAAGUGUCAAAAAGUUUUCGUGUUCGAGCGGAAUGGAAAGUUUUUUAUUAGUUUUACUAGUCUUUUACUGAAAAAUUACACUGCUGUUAUUACUAGAAAUUCUGUUCCAGCUGUACGUUUGUAGAAGUGUCAUCUAUCGAGAGCUUGGAAAUCGACAACAAGCACGAUCUUCAAGUAGCCAACGCUCUGCUUAGCGCUAACUUAGUGUAACUUACUUUGACAGAAGUGUUAAACUAUGUCAAGCAGUCCUGACCUAGUGUCAUUUGAAGACUUGGAAGCUACAGACGUGGUCAGCGUAGAACUGGUGCCAGAACGUAAAGGACUCAUUUUGAAGCACUGUGAAUACUACGUCAGCUCUAGAAGAUUUGGCACCACAGUCACAAGGAGAUACAAUGAAUUUGCUCAGUUAUAUGAUGUGCUGUAUGCCAAAUAUCCGUAUCGCGCCGUAUGCCGGCUACCUCCAAAGCGCGUGGUGGUCGGCGGCGGCAGUCCAAAGUUCCUCCAACGUCGUCGCGCCGCACUGCAACGAUGGUUGACGCUGGUGUGUCGUCACCCGGUCCUAGCACAUGACGCAGACCUACGGAGCUUCUUGUGCGAGACCUCUGUGAGGCUUGACAAGCCCAAACACGACGAGUUCAUCUUGGCUGGCACACAGGAUGAUGCGAGAGGAUCAAUACCCACAGAAGAGAUGCAGGCGUCGUUCGUAUCGGAGCAAGAACAACUGAGACUAGUGCAGUUGGGGGUGGGCAGGCUCUAUCAGACAUUUGAAAGAGUGGAAGGUCGUUGCGAAGCGGAGCGGGCAGACAUCCGAGAAAUGGGCGCGGGUCUUAACGCGCUGUCAGCACCGGCCACCGGCGACUCGCAGCGUUGGACGCGCAUCCGACUCGCUAUGAAAGCUGCUGCCGAGCGAGCAAUAGAAGUAGGCGAGUCGCUCCCAGAUGACUUGGACCAAUCAGAGGACGGUCCCAGCGGGCGCAUGCUACUAGCACUAGACGCGUUACAAGCGUGGCGCGAGCUCUGUGCGCGGUUAACAAGGGGGCUGCACGCGGAGCGCGCCGCAGCCGCCGCCGCCGCCGCGCAUUCGGCCGCCUCGCAACUGCUUCGAGCCCGGCACCGGUACGCGCUGCAAUGUAGUCUUGAGGAAGCCCAGAUAGCCCGAGCCUACGCCCUCGCGGCGUUGGAGUCUCUGCCAGAGUUGUUCCGGACACACGGGACCGCACACGCUAAGGUCGCAGCGCUAUGGGCAGACCUCCAUACUUCGCUACGACACCCCUAGUACAUUGGCAACAAGGAUUCAUUGUUCAAUAAGUGUUUUGUACCAUAUUUGUAUUGUAAUAGCAUCACAUAUAAAGCUUGUAGAGUUGAUCAAAUGGUUGAAAUAGUUCUUACUAUUUACUUAGCUUAAAAGUGUCACCACCACCUCUAUCACGUUGAACUAAAAUAAAGUUCAGUGAUGUGUGGGUACUUAGUUCAUCUUGCGAUGGAUGUACCUCUGACCACCCCAAUUGGGAUAUAGUCGUGAGCUUAUAUUAUGAUAAAGGAGUCGCACGAGCGUACAUACAGGGUGUUAGUGACACCGUAACGAAUACUGAGGGGGAUGAUUCAAACCGUGAUUCUGAGAUGAUAUGAAGAGGAAUUUCCUGUCGGAAAAUUAAUGAAAACUUUAAGUGUUUUUUUUUAUAUUUUCAAUUCCAUACUAUUGCGAUGGAAUAUUCCACUUGAUAUCAACUCAUAAUCAUGGUCUGAAUCACCCUCAAAGUUAUCGUUAUUGUAGCGUAACGUACUCGAAUCUCCAUAUAAUAUUUCUUACUAAAUGUUUAACGUAAGAUUAAUAUAUUUUUUUCUGUGUACCUUCUUUCAAGUCUUUAGAGAAGUCUUCCAUAUCGGCUCAAGUGAGUCAAAUGUAUUAUUUCGCAAUAAUAACUUAGUAAUCUAUGUACAUAAUAAAUAGAACGAUUAUGUGCAAUACGUGAUAAUUUAAGUCUUCCCGUUGAAUAAUCAAAAAGUUUAUUAAUAAUCGUAAUUACCAAUUUAGCGUAAGUUAUUUUGUUCAACGAUAAUUUGUUUAAUGAAUCGGGAUGCAAACGGCAUACCAUCUCUCGUGUGAGUUGUGAGAUCAAUGACCGAUCUUAUCAACCCUGACGUGGCUUAUCCACUACAUAUUUACUUAAGUAAAUAGUAGUUGAGAACUGGGAGUGAAUUCCGUACCACAGAAUCGAUUAUCUUAUUUUUCGGACAAUUUCAACCUGCAAUGUCCUGACCAAACCAGGGGACUGUCUCACAAAGUGUUUUUUUUUUACACGUGUCACUUCCGAGAAUCCUGAACGUUAACGUAACAUAACGUUAACAAAGCUACUGGAGCACGGAGGUAUAUCUAUGCCUUUUCAACGUGAUAUUAAAAAGCCGCCGAUCGAGAUGGGCAAAGCAACAACAUAUAGGGUGUUAGUGACAUCGUAACGAAAGAUUGAGGGAUGAGUCAGACCAUGAUUCUGAGAUGGUAAAUCAAGUGGAAUAUUCCAUCGCAUAAGUAUAGAAUUGAAAAUAAUUUAAAAAAAGCUCAUGAAUUUUGCGACGGAAAAUUUCAUGGUCUGAAUCAUCCCCCUCAGUAUUCGGUAUGAUGUCACUAACACCUUAUAUGUUAAAUUGUGUAGUUACCAGGUUAGCUCCAUAGAGCAACACGGAUCUUCGUGGACCGGUUAGCCCCCAAGUCAUAACGUUUGACUAGCAACAUGUUACACGAAUCUCCGGCACACUUGACAAGUGACAAAACUCUAUGUCUAAAAACAAUGAUCGAAUUCAUUAUAUCGCCGUCACUUCGUAGGUAUAUUUUGUCUCAUAUUGUACUUUCGUAAACAUUGCUCCUAUAUGUGUUUCAGUAAUCUCCUUAAAAAUGUGUGCCUAAGAAUAAGUUUAUUAGUAUGUAUGACUUUUAUAAUCUAACUUAUCGAUUUGUUUACAAGUUAAAAUAUAAUAAAUCUGAGUAUUCUGUGAUAUUCAUAAUAAUAUAUUUUGAGAAUAUCUGAAAUUAGAAUAUUAUAAUAUUUUUAUAUGUACAUUUAGAACAUAAUAAUGAAGAAAAACAAUCUUUAUAAUAUAAGAAAAUAAAUUUGAAAUUGGAAAAUGUUUAUUUUUGUGUAUAUUGGCUUUUAUUUACGAUGUUAUCUUUACAAUUAAAUAAAGGUAUUUGUUUUUAUGUC